GUUACUGUGAAGGCUGCAGUUAAUUAUAGGCGGUGAACUAUCCAGCCUUUCUUGUACUUUUUUUAAAAAAUCCACCUGGGAGAACCAUUAAUGCAGAAAGAUAUGUCCAAAUAUUGUCGUUUUCAGCCCUCAGCACGUUUAUUUUGAAGCUAUUUAAACUCCAGUUCUCCUUCCUGGAUCACUUUAACGAUGCACGUUGUGGUCACUGUCAAACUGGAUCUAUAAACUCCCAUCCCACCGCCUCCCAGAGGGUUUACUGUUGAGAAUUUGGUGCGGGUGGAUUUCUUGGUGCAGUGGGCGUGCCAUUGGCUGGAUGAGAUGGUGUGUGAGUUUCUGGUACCUAUGAGGAUUGGGAUAUGAUAGGAUCUCUGGUGGUGUAUUUUGCGUGCAAAGGUUCUUGCUGCGCUUUGCUUUGUCCGGGAGCCCAUGGUUGUGAGGCCUUGUUCAUUUUACAGUAAAAUAUCGUGAAUGUUUGCACUGGGAAUUAUUUCUGUAGACUUGGGAUAUGGCUUUGCAGCAGCUUUGCGAGUGAGCCCUGACGCCUUAAGAAGCUCUCACCAUUUCCCACUCCAAGCUGAGCAGAUUUCGAAAGACAUUCUUGAAAAUGACCAGCCUUUUCCGGCGGAACAGUAACAAUGGCAACUCCAAGAAUGGCUCAGCCAACGCACCGUCACAGCUGCUCAACAACAGCAGGCCGCCCCGACAGGUCCGGAGACUCGAGUUCAACCAAGCCAUGGAGGACUUCAAAGUCAUGUUUCCAAACAUGGACUAUGACGUGAUCGAGUGUGUCCUGAGGGCCAACAACGGAGCAGUGGACGCCACCAUUGACCAGUUGUUGCAGAUGAACUUGGACUGCGGAUUUGACAAUGGGUAUGAUGAUAGCUCGGACUCUGAUGACAGUAUUCCCCCAGAGAUUUUGGAGAGGACGCUAGAGCCAGACAGUUCCGAUGAAGAGCCUCCUCCUGUUUACUCUCCUCCUGCCUAUGACAUGCAUGUAUUUGACCAGGGUUAUCCGCAGCUCCCUCCACUGCCACCGCGACGGGUUGAUGCACAGAGCUCGGGUGGGAGCCAGUCAAAAGUACGCUAUCGGAAUUGGAAUCCGCCAUUACUCGGUAAUCUUCCUGAUGAUUUCCUGCGAAUUUUACCUCAGCAGCUUGAUGUGGUGCAGAACUCGCAGAAGGGCCAUCGUGGGAGCGGCCAAGAGUCACAAGGAUCACUUGAGCAGGAGCGAAAGCUGAAGCAGUACCUGGAGGAUGAGCGGAUUGCACUCUUCUUGCAGAAUGAGGAGUUCAUGAAGGAGCUGCAGCGGAACCGUGAGUUCUUGCAGUCGCUGGAAAAAGAUCGGCUAAAGUAUGAGUCAAAAAAAUCAAAGGCCAACAGUGCGAAUGAAUCUCUGUCCUCUGGCAGCAUCAGUUUUCCCUCAGCAGUUCCAGUUGAACCUGGUGCCUCUGGUGUUGCUGAAGCAAGCAGUCUAGUAUUUGAUGAUGCGAUGUUCAGGGACAAACUGAAACACAUGGGAAAAUCGACAAGGAAGAAACUUUUCGAGCUGGCCCGAGUGUUCUCCGAGAAGACAAAAAUGAGGAAGUUGAAGCGAAAGCAUUCCUUAAAGCACCACACUCUCGGAACUGCAGCCUCAACAGCUAACCUCCUCGAUGAUGUAGAAGGGAAUUCUUGUGAUGAAGAUAUCCAGUUCAGGAAACAGCCCCUACAGGAAGAAGAUGAAGAAAAUGAGGAUCGGCAGUCCUGAUCCUGACACCUUUUUCUGCUGAAGGAGCUGUUUUCAGUGAUUAAGCAAAAGGACUAUUAUUCUUCACAGAUGAAGUUGGUGGCAUCUCUUCAUCUGCUUUUUAAUAACUUCUGUAAUGAAUAAGGCACAAUUAAAUGGAAAAAAAUUCAAGAGAUACCCAUCCAUCACCAUUGUAAGUUCAGGGUUUGGGUGUAUUCAUGUUUUUAUCUUUAAUUCUCUGUUUAAUUCAUCAAAUUUAUAGAUGUCUAGAUUUUUCUAUCCAGACCUUGCGAUAGUCCUAACCCUGACUCACAAUGGUUGAGAGCAACUGGUAGAGGGCUGAGCCUAGUUUUUAACUAUAUGUAUGACAAUAUUUUUUGAUAGAAGAGGCCAACUUCAGGCAUUGAACUGUAUUCCAUUUGGGCUGCUGUUUGAUUCAUGUAGGCAGCAUAAUUCCUUAGCUCACUGUCAAAUGAUGUCCUUAUUGGUUGUUGCGUGCCUAAUGAUAUACUAUAUUAAUUAACAGGCCCACUCAAUAAGCCAGAACAUAUUUGAUUAUGUAAAUGUUUCUGUUGUAAUUACUGGGCCAGUUCGUGUUUUUUUUUCCUUUUUUUAAGAAAUACUAGAUUAUAGUGGAACAGGAUGGACUGAAAUGAAGAACCAUUUGAUUGUUAUGGUAAACAUCGAUGGAUAUGGAGCUACCGGGGCCUUUGUAAUGUCGAAUCACAAUCCCACCCACUGCAAAAACACCAAUCGGACGCUCAGCCAGAAUGAUCAUUUACCAGCAGGAUACAAAUAUUAAAACCGAUACCUGCAGCUUACGGUGAAAGGGGCUGUGCAACAUAUAAACCACAGUUUAAAGUGCCCUAUUACCGUGUGGACAUGUGUGCUGUGAGGAACAUAACCCACCCAGCAAUUUAAACUGAUGAGGAAUUUGCUAAUGCUUUCAGUAUCCUGUUUAACUCUUUCACAUGAGCCAGCCUGAGCUAUGGAAAAUCAAAAACUGUGGUAGAGAAUCCAAUUAAUUUUGUUUCUCCCUUAAGUAUUGUCUUUGGCUGUUCAGUUUUGCUAAUAUUCCAGUUGAAUAUGACCCAUUUGUUCACUUCCUUCAAUCAUGUAAUGGGGAGACAGAUGUGCAAUCACAUUGAUUGAAUCAAAAACAUCAUGGCCAGGCUCUCAAACAGGUAGGUCUUUGAGGAGGACUCAGACAGGAAGUAGUAAAGAAGGAGUCUUGUAUAUCUCCUUGUAGCUGCUCAUAGUUUAAGCAAGAAUUUGUCAACGGAUCAUUUAUCCACCUUUUCACCAUUUAAAAAAAAAAACAGGAGGAAAAGGAAUUAAAAUGAUGAGGUAUGAAAUUCUCUAAUUGGUGUGUAAAGUUCACUUGUUUGGGAUUGCUAGCUAAAAUGUUUGCAAUACUACUGCGCAAGGUGACCGAGAAAACUCUUACCUCCCCAGCAUUAGUAUUAAAAUAACGGAAUUUAGCGCUGGUAAAAGGGCUACAUUUGUUAGGAAUAAACCUGUUUAUUUUUCGCAAUGUUGCUUUGUUUUUAAAGACUGUAUGCAUGAAUAUUACAGCACACUUUGAGGAGACUUGCAGAAAACACAUGAAAUAUAUCUACAAAUCUAGACCUCAUUGUUUAGGAUCUUGCUUUGGAUAGAAUCCAUUGAAACUCCCCUCUUUUUAACCAAUAUGUCAUUUGUGUUUAUACCGACUAUCCGGUUAAACACUUGGUAAGAGAGUGAAUUAAAAAAUGUGGUACACAUCUCUCAAAUGAAACAGUUUAAAAUCAUAGACCACCCUUUCAUCCAACAUACUCGGAGGAAAGAAACUAUUCAGAGAUUGAUACAUUAAUUUGGGAGACUUAAGGAAAAUUUAAUAUUUUAUUAUAAAUCAUUUUAAAAUAUCUCAAGGAAAUUCAGAGGAAUCAUUUGUUAUGUCCCCUCAUCUAAUACCUGUCAAGUCUGCUGAUUCCCAUAUACGUCAGAGAGAGGGGAUGGGAGCAUUUGAUACAACAGAUUGCAGCUGGUGCAUAUGUAAAAUUGGAAAGAAAAUGAAUGAGACUGCUGUACAACAUUAAAUGAACAUGAACAGCUGAGGUCAAGUAUAAAGAUGCAUGUGCAAAUGGGUUCUGUACGAGGUUAACAGAGUGCCUGUCCUGGACUACUUGCAGUCACGUUCCUGUCUCUGACCUCUUCAGGAGUAGAAUCUAUUUCAGCGUGAUAUUAAUAUCAAAACAGCUACUCCUUUAGGACGGGCCAGUGGGAGUGAGCGAAUUAUUGUAAAUGAUUUGUUCUGAUGGUAACAGUGAGCAGCAGUGGGGACAAAAAUAACUAACUCUGCUGUCAGAAGGGAGUAUUCACUUCUGAUUUUGAAUGGUGACUAUUUGCUGACGUCGCAACUUUCUUCCCAAGCUGGGGUCACUUGCAAUACAUGGAAACCCUGGCAAGUGUUCCUGAAGGAGCUUCAGAUAACUGAAUGUAGGACAGCUUCCAAUGUCUGACCUUGUUUGGCGGUGGGGGGGGCGAUAUAAGGGAGUCACAAGUGUAGGCCACUUUAAAUCACUUCACCAACGACACUUAAUCUUGUGUUGGCAUAACGCUGAACAGGCUUCUGUACGUCCUAUUUCUCAAGCAUCCAGUCUUAGGAGUGAUAAUUGGAAGAAAAGAAUAAAGACCUGCUAGUUUUGCCAAAUAAAAUACACAUUCAAGAACCGUCAGGAAAUCGGGCAAAGCCUGGAGUUUCCUUCCUGGGACAUGACCACAUCUUCUACCUCUAAGUUACACCCUACUGUAUUUUUCAAUGCAACGUAUGCUGAAGUUGACAGUACUGUAUCUUUACCAGUCCCAAUAGGGUCUGGUUCUAAUGUAUCAUCAUUACUACACCAAUGCAAUAAGUAUAAAAUGAGAGGAAAGUUUUUUUUUACAUAUAUGUAACAGACAGGAAUUGUACCUGGUGUAAAGUCACAGCAUGGAAUCUGUUACAACUGAUUCAGGAUAUUUAGUGAGGUAUAAGAAUUAGCAGCACCACUGUCAAAAGGAAUAGCAGUACACAAACUGUGCCAUCUUUGCUGAGAAAAAACAUAUUGUAGUUGAUUGCUAGUUAAUUUGUUAAAUUGCAUUAUUCCCUUUGCUGGGAUGUAAGGGCCACUUGUUCAUUGAAACGUAAAGAUUCUCGUUCUUGAUGGUGCAACAUCUUAUAAUGCAGCACCACAGACUUGGAAUCAGAGGUUUUACUGCUAGGUUUAACUGACUGUCAUGUCUAGACACGCUCCCCUGAGAUUAGGAAGAAUACCAAGUUGCUAGUAUUAGCCACAUUGAACAAAGAGAAUUCCAUCUUGGGUUUUAUGCUACAGUACAACUUAGUGACUGACCAAAGGACAGUAUGGUUGGAGCCAUGGAAGUACCUAUAAUCACCAAGUACCUUGCAAGAAUAUGAAAUGGGGGCAUGGUUAUCAAAUAGUUGAAAUGUAAUGAGAAGGAGUAAAUGGAAAUGCAUGCCAUUAGGGUCACUCAGUGAUGGACCCAAGUUGAGUUAUUCAGAUAGGUUUAAGCAUAUAGUGGCUGCACCCCAGGUGUCUGUCAAAUAACCAGAGGACACACUUUUGAAUCAAACCCGGAGGAAUGACGAGAAAACUGGUGAUUGGAAAUGGGAUGCUUUUUGCUUAUUUUGCCUCAUACCAUUUUAAAUGGUGACCAAGAUAUAUCUCUCUCACUCUGCCUUCCCAUUUUUGGAACUUUUAGAGAUCCUGCCUGUGGGAAACAAUGGAAGUGAGUGAAAAGCAAGUGCAACUGAGGUCUGAAUGUUUGGGUGAAGCAAUUGGAAUGAACAAGAUAAAACCUUGUGCAGUGUUUUGAACUUCUCAUUAUUGGGCACGGCUAGUGAGAGUCACAGAAGAGGGAGCACGGGGAAAAGAAUAUGGAAAGCUAGAAUUCAAAUGUUGCAGCCUUUACAGAAUAGUAAAAGAUUUUGUGCUGCUUCACUUGAAGAUGCUCAUUGGAAUGUUUUAAUCUGUUGAGUCUUUGAAGAAUGUUUGAUCCACAUUGACUGUGAUGCACCUCAUGAUGUUCCCUGAACAAAAUUAUUUAAAAGCAAGUUCUGUUAUAAACCAUGUGUAUUGAAUGUUGUCCAACUCUUUCACUCCACUUGUUGAAGUAUUUUUGGUAUAGUGUUGGGUUCUGAGAAGUUAUAUUUGAAAUUUGUUUUUCUAGGGAUGCUUGUUAAUUAGUUGGGCAGCUGAUUUAUCCUGCUUUAGAAAAACAUUUGUUUUCACAUCAACCUGUGAGCUCUGUUUCUGACUGAUCACCAGACUAUAGGGCCAUUCAUUGACUAGUUUUCCAGAUUCCCUUCCUUCCCAUGGGAGAUAUUGCCCAGCCCUUGCUUUGUCUUGUGGCCACAAUUACAAACCAGCUUCAUGGGUUCAAAGUUUUCGAGAAGAUUUGUAGCUCGGGUUGUGGAUGAGGUUGUAGACAUGCUUGCCGAGCCAGUGGGUUU